GGCAGAUGGGGCAUUUAUGGGACCCCAGUGUGCGUUUCUUUGACUUUAUUGUCAUAUAUUUCGUUGUUGCUGUGGUGACCGUUGGCUGUAGAAGUGUCAGGGAAUGCUACGGUUCUUCAUUAGAACAGCCGUUAUUAUUACUGGAACGUUGUCGCGAGCAGCCAGCCGUUGAGACCUCCGCUACUACAAGGUUAGCUCACUACAACUCGACUGCUGCUAUGUUGAGGAUUUAAUGGGACAAAAACGCCUGGAUAUGGAUUCAGCAGAGCUAUAUAGAGUAACAUUUGCGAAACCUGACGACUCUUAAACUUGUGCUGUCAUUUUGCGGAGGGCCUAUCAGCAGGACACCACUGCUUCUGUGAAGCCCUCGUGAUUGGAUGAAGAGAGUACCACUGACUACCAGUAUGGACGCGCUACAUCCUGGAGUUUCCCAUAAUCCUUAGUUCUCUGAUCUGCAGCUGAGUCUACUGAACCCUGAACCGUGACCAGCACCGGUCUAUGACUGACCUCCUGUCAGGUGAUCUGUCUUGUGCCACGAUGAUGUCAGUAGAUGUGACCAAUCGUAAUGGCCCUGCUGCCACGCCUCCCACCUCACUCAGCCUUCGCUCCUCACACAACCAGCUGCUGAGCAGUGAUGUCAUCAAACAAGGCUCCGCCACGCCGCCCAAGUGUCGCAAAAAAUAUGCACUUACCAGUAUCCAGGCUGCCAUGGGCCUUGGAGAAGCAGCGCCAUCUUCAUCAUCACCGUCAUCCCCAUCACAGUCUUUAACCCCCAACAAUCCCAAACUAGCCAAGAACGGAGUGAAUCAGCUUCGUAAAGCUGGUCAGGAUUACAACAAAAACACAACUGGCCCUGACUCGACGGACCUGGAGUCUGAAACUACAGCAGAUGAUCUCAAUGUCAACACAGCUGAGGAGGAUGACAGUCACACUCUCACCAAUAAUGACCGAGAGGAUGAUGUCAUCGCACUAGACGUUGAUCUGCACACAGACACUAACACUGACGCUGAGCCAGAGCAGAAAACUGAAUCAGACAUAGACUGUAACAUUAACUCGACUGUGGAGCUCAAACUGAACGGCAACACAACAGAUUUAGCCUUUGACAUGAACAUUGAGACAGAGGAGAGCGAUGACAUCAGCAUUCUGUCUGAGAAGGAAAUGAUGUCAAAGAUGAAGAUUGAGGAAGAUGGAGAUGAGGUGGAAGUGGAGGAGCAGGAAGAUGAGGAGAAGAAGCCUUUACUGAUGAUAAAAAGUGAGUCUCCUGUGAAGAACCACAAAGUUUCUUCAGGCCUGGAGCUCAUCUCUGACCUCCACGGCAACCUCAAGCUCCUCAAAUCAGGCAAGGACUCUCCGGUGCCUCCUCCUCCCUCCCCACCUAAACAAGCCAGCCCAGAGGACACUCCCCUGCUCUCUGUGGCCUCCUGCUCCUCCUCUUCCUCCUCCUCUCCAGAGACCAAGAAGGACAGAAGGACUGGGGCAAAGACAGACUGUGCUUUGAACCGCAUCCAAAACCUGAACCCAAGUGAUGAAGAGUUGAGUUGGACCACAUUGUCCCAGGAGAGCAACUCCCCAGAGGAGACAGAUAUCUGGAGUGAGCAGUCAUUCCAGACUGACCCUGACCUGCCUCCAGGAUGGAAGAAGAUCACAGACAUGGCCGGUAUCUACUACUGGCACAUUCCUACAGGCACAACCCAGUGGGAGAGGCCUGCCACCCACCCAGCACCCCCUGGACAGACGGAGUCCCAGGCCCUGGGCGACCACACAGCCUCCACACCCCGUAAACACUCUCUGGGCUCACUCAGCCCCUCACCCACUCCCGACCACGAGUCGUGCCAGGCAGAGGUCUUCUUCAGGGCGUCAACUCGUUCGGGCAGCACCACCUCUGACAGCUCAGUGGAGCCUCUCUCCACCCACGAGCCCACCCUCACCACAUGUGGAUUUGUCAACAGCUGCUAUUUUCCUCGUUCUACAUCUCUACAGGGGAUGUCUGAUCCAGAGGGUCGCUCUCAGCAUCUCGAUGAUGAGGACAAGAAACAGGUGUGGAGUGAUUUUGGCGGAAAGAUUGAUAGUGAAGUGUGGAAGGACCUGCAGGCAGCCACAGUGAACCCUGACCCCAGUCUGAAGGAGUUUGAGGGGGCUACGCUUCGUUAUGCAUCACUCAAGCUAAGGAACCGUCCAGCAGUGGAAGAAGAGGACUCCAGCAAUGUCAACAGUGACCCAGAAACAAAGUGUUUUGCAGUGCGCUCUCUGGGAUGGGUGGAAAUGGCUGAGGAGGACUUGGCUCCUGGAAAGAGCAGUGUUGCCGUUAACAACUGCAUUCGACAGCUGUCCUACUGCAAGAACGACAUCCGAGACACCGUAGGCAUCUGGGGAGAGGGGAAGGACAUGUACCUCGUGCUGGAGAAUAAUCUGUUGAACCUGGUUGACCCCAUGGACCGCAGUGUGCUUCACUCUCAGCCAAUCGCAAGUAUCCGAGUCUGGGGUGUUGGCCGGGACAAUGGCAGGGACUUUGCAUAUGUGGCGCGGGAUAAAAACACCAGGAUCCUGAAAUGUCAUGUGUUCCGCUGUGACACGCCAGCAAAAGCCAUUGCCACCAGCCUGCAUGAGAUCUGCUCCCGGAUAAUGACAGAGCGAAAGAAUGCCAAAGCGAUGGCAGGAGGCUCUCUCCAGGACAGGAUGCAGGCAGGACUAGAUCUCCCUUUACAAGAGUUCCCCACACCAAAGACAGAGCUGGUUCAGAAGUUUCAGGUGCUCUACCUUGGGAUGCUGCCUGUGGCCAGACCAAUAGGCAUGGACAUACUGAAUGGAGCCAUAGACAGUCUCAUGGGUUCUUCCAGCAGAGAUGACUGGACUCCAGUAGCCCUCAAUGUAGCAGAUGCUACUGUCACCAUCAGCAAAGACAAGGAGGAAGCGGAAGUGCUGGUGGAGUGUCGUGUUCGAUUCCUGUCUUUCAUGGGCGUUGGGCGGAACGUGCACACGUUUGCCUUUAUCAUGGACGCUGGCGGCCAUCGUUUUGACUGUCACGUCUUCUGGUGUGAUCCCAAUGCCGGGAAUGUGUCGGAGGCUGUGCAAGCAGCUUGCAUGCUGCGGUAUCAGAAGUGUUUGGUCGCCCGCCCCCCCUCCCAGAAGGCCUGUGGCUCGUCGCCACCCGGUGACUCGGUGUCCCGUCGGGUCUCAACCAGCGUUAAACGAGGCGUCCUGUCUCUCAUCGACACCCUCAAACAAAAGAGACCCGUCACCGAGCUGCCGCAGUAAACACUGCUACAGACUCCAUGGUAACUACUCACAUCGCUGCCAAAACCUGUCGCCACCAUAGAUCCCGGUAACCAUGGAAACACAGCAAACCCUAGUGUUGGGGGCAACCCUGCCACAAUUCCUUCGCUUGUCUGGACUAAAAUUGGAAUUUCACCAAGAAUUUAUCAGCUCUUGACCUGAAAUAUAAAUCAGUUUCCUGAGAUGAAUAAAAGACUUGAAUCCCACAUCAAGAAGGAACAACCACAGAGAAAGACCUGAGUGAUGAGUGUAAAAAGGUGAUUGUUGUAUAUAGAAGUAACUCUCAUCCCUCUCGGCACAGAAAAGGAGUGAGGAGAAGAGAGCAAAAACUGAAGAAGUAGGAAGUGCUCCUUCCAGCACAGCAUGUGUGAUGAGCGAGCUCAUUGCUGCCCAAACUGCUGAUCUCUCCAUGCUCUUAUUGUAUUUGUGUCUGUGCCUGUGCUGCCAGCAUGACCUUGCACACCUGGCCACACCCCCCCCCCCCGUCAUUCACCUGGUUGUCCUGUUAGUCUGUAGUGGCUUUCCCCCCCCUCUGUCCCUCUUUCUCAUUGUCCUCUGUAGACUGUCACUGUAGAAGGAAAGGAAUCACGAAAGCCAUCGCAUCUGAUUUUAAAAUGAGGAUGCAAUGAAUGAAAGAAGGAAGCUGCUACAGACUAAAGAGAUUAAAUGGACAGUCUACCCGCUCCAACCUGUUCAACUGAUCCUGCAUGAACUUUUUAUAUAAAAGUGAACCAUUCUAGACGAUAUCAAUACACUGCUGCUGCUUACAGAAGGGGUGAGGAAUCCGAAGCCACAUUGUUUUUCCUGUCGUCUUUAUUUCUUUGUUUCUCGUCAACUGUGCAAGAAUCAGCCUGGAGGGUCUAAACGAGCGGUGACCUUUCACCCGAAACAUCCCUCACAUACUUCCUGUUUACUUGUUGUUUUUACUCUCUUUCGUUAUCCCUCGGAAAACGACAGACGAUAGCCAUAAUGGAGGAAGAAACGCAGGGAUGGACAGAGUGUUAGCCCUCCGUCCUCUGCUCCCCUGCUCUCUGGUAAACAGCACCAGACUGCUGCUCCAAACACAGGAGACAUCAGCAUGCUGCUGCUGCUGCUGCUGCUGCUGCUCUUCGAUACACAUGCUGGAGGAAAUUUGACAGAUUAUUCCUUAAAUCCCGCCUCAGUAUCAGUCCGCAGAGACUUCAUGUCCACUAAUAAAAAGGGGGUUGGCAACAUAAGAAAGCCUACAGGAAUCCUACAAAGAAGAAGACUGGAGGAAUGUGUUUUUGUACCUGUUUUUUUAGACGGGUUUCAUCUCCAGCGUCGGCUGUUUUUUAGAGAGGAAAAGCCAACAGAGAGACAUGUUGCCUCACACUAACAGGACUUUCCUGGGCUGCUAUCAAUCUGUCUCCAGGGUUCUGUUCACUUGAAUGCGCCUUCUCUGAUCUUCAUCACUUACUUCCUUACUGUACAAUUGUUUUCAUCAGUGCCACUUGCUUUUGGUCUGAUUUCUUUUUCUGAAGAUUUUCUCUCACAAAUCUCAAUUCAACCCUGCUAGCUCCUUGUUAUCUCAUGUCUGACAAGCCUUGGAUGUAUGGUAAUAACUAAUGAAGUCUUGAAGUUUAUUGCAACUGAAAUCGUAAACACAUUUCCCCUCUGGCAGUUCUCUUGGCUGUAGAGCAGCAGAUUAGUACUGAACCUCUAUAAUUGACCGUUUGCUAAACCCCUCCGCUGGAAAGCGACUGCCUAAUCACAGUUUAGAAGCUUUAACAAGGCACGGCCAGCCGGUGAAGGUUCUGAAUUAUUCCUCAUUGUUGAAGCAGUGUGUGAGUAGCUAUAGGAAGACCAAUGAUGAAUGAAAAGUGUGGAGUGUUGUGUCUUUUUUAUUGCCUUUCCAGAACCAAUAACGAGCAAAAGAGUUGAUUGGACCUUACCAUAUCGUUGGCAAAGGCGCAAACAUUCUCCUUCUUGUGCAGCAUACUGAUGCCGAUUGUCCUUUUCCAUUUCGCCCUUUAUUUCAACAAAAAUAGCUGAAAAGUACAGUGGUCAACAUCUCCUCCAUUUCAUGACCUGUUUCGCAAUUGUAGCAGGGGAUAUAAGGUAGGAGCUUUCAGUGAAGGACCCGUCCUGCCAAGGAAGCAUUCUUGAUUUUGAAAAGUAUAUUAUUAUUUGUUGGUUUACAGGUUUCUUAAAAAAAAUAAUUUGCAUAAUAUCUCUCUAUUAUAGAUCCCACUGCAGUUAUGAACAAGACCUGCUCUGUGCUGACUUAUGAUUGGUCAGGGCUAUAUGUCCUUCUGGCUUAACGUGUUUGUGGCUUAACGCUAACAUUAAAAAAGUGUAUUGAGGUAUGUUUUCUCAACUACCUGGUUAGCUCAGGGUGGAAGUCACAGAGCUAUGGGUUAGACACCCCACCGUGGUAUUGGAAAAACUUGUCUUUUGCUCAAUUUAGUGUGGAUCAAUGGGAAAAUGGUAAUGGUUGUUGAUCAGUUGGUUGAUUAGCAAAAGUAACAUCUAACGAGUGGCUGUAACUUUAGGGUUAACUUAUCAUUAUGUGAGGUCUCAUGUAGGUUUAAUCGCAGUUAAUAAACAACUUCUUACAAACGCUACAGUUGCUUUUGCUAGCUUCUUCUAAAGGUGACAAGAGCAUCUAAUGCGGCGUCACAAGGCACAUCGCUUGCCAAUCAUAGUGUGAGAACAACUUUAGCAAACUGUUAUUAUCAACAAAACACAUAUCAUGUGUCAUAUUGCUUGUAACUAAUGCAUUACAAGUUGGAUUUGUACUGAACGUGUCAUAAUGACAAAUGCCAGUUCAUCUGCUUUGCAUAAAAUUGAAUUGGUUUAAGCUUGUAGACCAGACAGGACCAACAAAUGUGCUGGUUAAAAUGAGAAGCUGUUAAACCUUUAUUUAAAUCUAAGUGGUAAAUCUGCCACCUUUUUAAUUAAAAUCUUCAACAGGAAGUAAAGCUUGAGAACAUCUAAAGGGGGAUUUAACAAACGGUCAUGUUAUUACAUCUGUAGGUGCGUUUUGUUGUCUUCAUGAGUGUAAUUGAGAUUCUGAUGAGAAAAUUUCAGCUGCAUCACUUUCUUUUGUCACAAGGAUGUUGAAAUGUGAAUGAGAUGACGAAAUGUGUGUGUACAUAAUAUCAGUUUAAUGUUAACAUUUGGCAUUAAUCAUUGUUAUAAGCUAUCUUUUCAUUUUAAAUGUCUGUAGUUUUCUAUUAUUUUCUUGUAAUGAAAUGCCUUUUUUUGAGAACUCACCAAAUGGCCAAAGUGUAAAAUACUGAUAUACAUUGUUGUAGAUAAGAAAAAUACAAGAGCAAAUAAUGAAAUAAUGAGAGGCGAUUGGAAAUUUUCACAGUUGUCAAUUACGUUGAUACUGAAUUUAACUGAGCAAUUAUCUAUGCAUUCUUUAGAUCUGGAGAGAUGGAAAGUCGUCAAAAGCCUUGCAUGCCCUUGGACGGUUGAAAGAACGACUGUAUGUACUGAACAGAAAUAUUUUUUAUUUUAUUUAUUCUAUUUUAUAAAGGUAUAUACUGAUUUUAUUAGUUGGGGCAAGUAAAGUCUCUUGACUCGGUGUCAUUGUCUCAGUCCCUGGUUAAACUCACAAUGCUACAAGCUCCGCUUUGCAGAAAAAUGGCAGAUAAAGGAAUAUAUCUUCACCUUGUACAGUGCACUGAGAGCUGGGAGUCCACUGCUGGUCUGAACAGUUUAACAGGAGCGGAGAGGAAGAGGAGGAGGAGGAAGAUGAAGAUGGUAACAGCAGUGAGCUCCCAUCGUCUCUGUCAAGCUCACACACAUAAACAACAACAAACACACACCUUUCCCACAGAUGGAUGUGUUGGCUUCCGUUUGCUGCUCACUGAUUUGUACACUUUAUCAAUGUAAUCAAUUGUGAGAAUAAACAGCAUUAUAAAACAGAA